AUGGAUAUGGGAACUUCAACUAUGUCGAUGGCAGGAAUGCCCACAGCAACAAGUUCAGGGGCCUCACAUGCCACCUCGACAGGAAUGAGUAUGCAUAUGAGCGGGAACUGCAAGAUAUCCAUGUUAUGGAACUGGUACACGAUCGAUUCAUGUUUCAUUAGCAGAUCGUGGCACAUAACAUCCAAGGGGAUGUUCGCAGGCUUCUGUAUCGGUGUCGUCCUACUCGUGAUGUUCUUGGAGUUCCUCCGCCGCUUGGCUAAAGAAUAUGAUCGCUAUCUCUUGCGACAAUAUAAACGGGCACAGCAACGUGCUUCUGUAAUCCAGAGCCGAGUUACAGGGAAGGAUGGUCCUGGUAAUAACAGCAGUGAGAAUAGCACAACAGUGACUACUACUGCGCCAUCGACUUCUCGCCCCAAUAUUUUCCAGCAAGCUGUUCGUGCCACUCUCCAUAUGAUGCAGUUUGCCGUGGCAUACUUUAUCAUGAUGUUGGCCAUGUACUAUAACGGCUAUUGUAUAAUAUGCAUCAUUGCCGGAGCUUGGCUUGGGGCUUUUGUCUUCAGCUGGGAAAGCGUUAGCCUUUUCCACAAGUGA